AUUUAUUUUAAUCGAAAACUGGCCACACAAUUCACUUUAUUUUCAUUUCUUGUUUGUAAACAAUUGCUGAAUAUAUCCAAAUUAUCUUUAAAAACUACAUUUUGAUCCUUAAAAACAAUUAGGAUCCCUCAUUCUACUAUAGACAUACAAAUUAUUCUUGUUGUGGAGGAAUCUUUCAAAUAACAAUGUUUAGAAAAUCCAAGGCAAAAGUGGAUCCUCCACCAGUGGCCCCUAGUUUAGAUGAGAUAUUAGAGGACUUGGAAACAUUCGAAAUCAAUAAACCAACUGUUGGCAGCACCACUGACAACGUGGACUUGGAACAUGCUCUUAUGACGGAGCCCGAGAAUUUAAGCAUCCAAACUUGGUGGCGGGUUUUCGACGAAUAUGAUCAGAAGGUUAAGAAAAUGGCUGAGACGGAGGAGAACCUGGAGUCGCAAAGGAAUCAGCUCAAGGACUGCUACGACAAGCUGGAGGCAAAUGCAAAUAAACUAAAAGAAGGCAUCAAGAAGCAGCAGUCAUUGAUAAAUGUAGCCCUUAAAAACUAGCUUUUAAAUAAAUAAAUUUGUUAUUUUUUUUCUAAAAUAAAUACGUUAAAAAACGCA